GAACCACAAGAAAUCAUCAUCCGAAAGCGUCGUACAGCUCGUACCACGCCUCUCUCCUUGCCAAAAUACCGCCCCAACGUGGGUCGACCUGAUUUCGGCCCAGUCGAGGCCAUUGUUCUAGGUGAGGCAGCCCCAUGGCAGAACCACAUCGUCUAGUCUAGGUAGAGAAGCGAUAGGAUCCGGACAAGAUGGGAAGAAGCGUUUGGUGGACUUGAGCUAUAAAGUACAGGAUCGUUCGCCCUACAUCCGAGAAUUCUGGUCUAUCGCUCUCGAUCCAUCAGGCAACCUUGUUCCAUUCCAGCUACAUACCCUAUACAUUUAUUUCGCUGCUCUUCAGACCAAAUCAAAAUGCGUUCGUUCACUUCUCUCUUCACUGCCACCUUGGCGGCCGUUGGUGCUCUUGCCGCCCCUGCUGCUGAGCCGCCCAUUACCACCGACCUCAUCAAGCGCGCGUCUACUCCCUCCAGCACUGGAACCAACAACGGCUACUACUACAGCUGGUGGACCGAUGGCGCCUCCCCCGUCACAUACACAAACGGUGCUGGCGGCUCUUACAGCGUCCAGUGGCAGUCCGGCGGUAACUUCGUCGGCGGAAAGGGCUGGAGGACUGGUGGUGCCAGGACUAUCAAGUACUCCGGCAGCUUUGCUCCCGUUAACAACGGAAACGCCUACCUGACUGUCUACGGCUGGACCAGAAACCCUCUUAUUGAGUACUACAUUGUCGAGAACCACGGCAGCUACAACCCCGGCAGCGCUGGUACCCUCAAGGGCCAGGUCACCGCCGACGGCUCCGUCUACAAGCUCUACCAGGCCACCCGUGUCAAUGCUCCCUCCAUCGACGGCACCAAGACCUUCCAGCAGUACUGGGCCGUCCGCGAGAACAAGCGCAGCUCCGGCAGUGUCAACACCCAGACGUUCUUCGAUGCUUGGAAGAAUGCCGGCAUGAACCUCGGCACCCACGACUACAUGAUCAUGGCCACUGAGGGCUACAAGUCCGCCGGCUCCGCCAGCAUCACCGUCUCCUAAGCGAGCAAUCCUAUUUCGAUGUCAGACGAACGCACGGUUUGAUGGUUGGUCAACCUGAAUUAUUACCACCCAAAGCUGGCGGGGAUGAUCGCUGGGUGAUCGUAUUACCGGUGUGGGGUUCGGGCUGGAAGGAUUGACCCUGCAAUUUUUAGUACAAAACUUUUUCACCCCCCGCGCUUGAUCCGCCUUGAGAUCAAGUUGAUAUACAUAGCAUUCAUACUUCUGUACAUACAUA